AUGCAAGUAAAUCUGACACUGCCGUUGAAGUGGGCUCAAUGUUGGGGAUACGCGAUGAUUUUGGUGUUGGUGAACUUCUUGCUCAUUUUUCCGCUAUCGAGCUUCCUUUUCCACGACUUUUACUCGCGUAUGAUCCCGCCAGACUCGAUUCAAACUGUCCCGUUCUCUGAGAGCAGACGAGAGAUGGGCAGCUGGGCUGGCAAGUCCAGUUUCCAAUUUGAAUUUGAGCGAGUUUCGUCGGAGACUGCAGUGCUACCGGAAAUCCACGCUAACGGGUUUUCGCAAAAGAUUCCCCUCAGAGCCGACAUACCUUAUAACAUGAACAUUGACCUCGACGUUUAUUGUUUGAAUAAAGUGACGGACCUUAACAUCAAAGAUGGAGAGCUCACCAUUUCCGUGUGCAGAGCAGGAAUUGGUGGGAUAACUGUGUUCCGCAAAACUCUACUGUUGAGUUGCGCUAACACUAGAGAUAUCCCAAACAUGGGUGGGAAUGGGAGACUCGCUACGUCUUUUGCUCAGCAGGUGCAAAAAGAGCUGGUUAACUUCUUUCACUUGGAAAAUCCCAUCUUCUUGGAGCACGAUAUGAAACGCUUAGAGAUAACCCUAAAAUUUGCAGGAAAUGCCAACGUUAUUAUCGAUCCUAAUCUUUCCGCCUUAACCUUUUCGAUGAAUUUCGAUCACAGCUUGCGUAAUCUGAUGGUAAGGUGGAAGAGAUUGGCGUACGUCUUUGGUACUCUCAUUUUCAACGCCAUCAUCUCGUUCUUCUUCUUGACCGCGUUUGCUGUGACCUUCUUUCGUGCCGGACACUCUAGAAGUCACAAACCAGUAUGA